AUGUCAUUACUGUCAGCUCCACAACCCGCUGAAGCGAUGCGCUCCCUUUCAACCACCAAUUUCAUGGCACCGUUUGUUUGCGCAUGGCCAGUUGCUCUCUAUGUCUUUCGGUUCCCCUCGAAACAACCGGAAUCUUUGCACUACAACAUCUUAUCACUGGAGCGUCAACGCUUGGGGGUAUUUGGCAAAAUAAGGAAGGGUGGCCAAAUCAUGACCUGAGCAGAUCGACUGAAUUUCGAUGGAGUCUUUGAAUGCCGUAGAGCUCUGUGAAUUGGGUGAUGGCGACAAGCCCGCUGCCUGCGAGGUCACUACAACUCCGCGAAAAGCUACCCAGUCAAGACCUCAGACAGUAGCUAGCACUGGAAUCGAGAACACGUCAUAUCAGGACGAGGAGCACGAGACGAGGUUCAGUCCCCAGGGAGCAGACAGCUUGAGUGUUCAUCUGUCCACGUCUAAUGACAGGGGCUAUCAGUCACAACCCAGGCCAUUCCAGCGAGAUGAGCUGUCACACCGCUCUGAGGCAGGACAUGAGACUGACUUUAAAAACCAUUCACUCGACUAUGGGUUCCUAUUUGCCAUGGUGUUCUUGGUGAGUGGAAUUGUACUGGUGGUCAUUGCCUACACCAUUCCCCGAGAGGCUAAGGUCAACCCAGACCUGGUGUCAGCUCGUCAGAUGGAGAAACUGGAGAUGUAUUACACACAACUGGGCUCGCACCUCGACAAGUGUAUCAUAGCAGGCCUGGGACUGUUGACUCUAGGGGGAAUGCUCUUGUCCAUCUUGCUAAUGGUGUCCAUAUGCAAAGGUGAGCUGUACCACCGGAGAACAUUUUUCCAACCCAGGAAAACAUACGGGUCGAUUCACCUCCGGAUGAGACAGUUGGGCGAGGGGGAAGAAUCUCUGUUUGAAUGUGAACUUAGCCACACUGGCACCACAGCUCUAGCCACUAGCCCUACAGAUGGAACACAGGUGCACAGUGGCACCCAACAGGAGUAGCACAAUAUGAGCACGUUUCUAUCCACAGACCUAUUUCAAGGGUUGUAAUCAUUACUUAACGGGCUUUGUAAAAAAGUGAAGCCAGCAAGGUAAGCCGACUGUGGUUAAGACUAUGUAAGAGCACAUUUGGAAAUGCACAUCAUGUAUUGUUAGAUGUAGGAUCAAGUCAGAGACUGAAAUAGAUAGGCUAUGAAAAGCACAAUGGGCACCCUUGAGGAAUGAAUAGGAUAGGCUAACUUGACAUGCAAGUUGCAGGAUAGGCUACCUUGACAUCGGACUCUUUAUGAAUCGAAUAUACAGUAUGUCUGGAUAUCAUAUCAUUAAUGAACAAAACGUAUAGACCUACAAAUGUUAUUUACAUGACAUUUUAGUCAUUAGGAGACACUCUUAUCCAGAGUGACUUACAGCAGUGAGUGCAGACAUUUCCGUAUUUGUUCCCCAUGGGAAUCAAACCCACAACCCUGGCAUUGCAAGUGCCAUGCUCUACCAACUGAGCCACACGGGACAUUAUUAUCAUGUAAGGAUACAAUAUGCCUUAAAAGUAGUCACUGUAAACAUACCAAGCUCCUGUGAGCCAAUAAGCCAAGGUAAAUAUGUAGCAACUAACUGGAACCACUUAAUCUAUUGGAUUUUUAUUAUAGCGUGAUCUUGGUAAGAAUAUACAGCAGCACAAACAAACAAAAAUCCAAGCAAGUGAAAUAUUUAGAUUUGCAUUAGAGGCUUUUGGACAGGUUUUUGAUUAACUUUUAAAAAACGAUGAUUUUAUUUCAUAAUGAUGUAGAAAUAUAUAUCAAAUUUGGAAAACUAGAAACAACUUUUACAUCAGAAUGUGUUAAGGGGAGCAUGUCUGCACAAUCAUCCCAGUGGUUUGGACAAAUCUAGCCUUUAUCUUUAUAGAAAUAGGUAUUAGGUGAAUAAUAGAUAAGUAAAGAAAUAAAAGACAGUGAAAAAUAACAGUAGCGAGGCUAUAUACAGUAGCGAGGCUAUAUACAGUAGCGAGGCUAUAUACAGGCACUGCUUAGUCAGGCUAAUUGAGGUAGUAUGUACAUGUAGGUAUAGUUAAAGUGAUAUGAUACGUGGAGAGUAGUAGUAGCGUAAAAGAGGGGGUGGUGGGUGCGCGCACACAAUGCAGAGUCAGAGUGCUUUAGUUGACAUUUGGCAAACUCCAAGCAGGCUGUCGUGUGCCUUUACUGAGGAGUGGCUUACGUUUGGCCACUCUACCAUAAAGGCCUGAUUGGUGGAGUGCUGCAGAGAUGGUUUGUACUUCUGGAAGGUUCUCUCAUCUCUAGAGGAACUCUGGAGCGCUGUCAGAGUGACCAUUGGGUUCUUGGUCACCUCCCUGACCAAGGGCCUUUUGCCCCGAUUGCUCAGUGUGGCCAGGCAGUCAGCUCUAGGAAAAGUAUUGGUGGUUCCAAACUUCUUCCAUUUAAGAAUGAAGGAUGAACAAUGGAAACCGGAUGCACCUGAGC